AUGGAGGGAUUCGUGACUCCUGCCAACAACAAGGGGGUCACAGUGCGAUGGAAGGUUUGCUUUCCCAAAAAGUCCGACCUGAUCAUCAGCGUCCGGAGCUUCGAGAAGUUCUUGGCAGAAGCUUUGCUGGACUUCGUCAGGGAAAACAAGAGCCUCGAGAAGGAGAGCCUCAAGAAACGGUGCAAGCAGAAGCUGCAGGAGCUGCGCGGAGCCGCUCCGGAGGACGCUGCCAGCGAUCCGGACAGCCCGGUGCUCGUCGAGACGCCGCCCGCGGGCGCGUCCGACCGCGGUUCCAGCGGUGGGACCGGCAAGCGGGUUCGGUGCGGGGGUCCGGGGCCACCGGGACCGGACGGAGACUUGGGCCGCGAAGAGGCGGCCAAGGUGAUGAAGAAACUCUCCACGCUGGAGUGCUUCAUUUGCUUCAGCCCCUUCAGUGACGGACAGGAGCCCAUGCUCAGCGGAGAAUGUGGUCACACCAUUGGCUGCCGCACCUGUGCGCAGGCCCUUUUUCGGGGGCGCUCUGCUGCAGAGUGUCCCAUCUGCCGAAGGCCCUUCAGGCAGCAGCAGAUCGUGAAGAACUUCAGCCUUCUGGAGACCGUCCGGGAUCUCCAAAAGCACAGCGGCGCAGUCGUGCAGUCCAAGCCACCAGAGGAAGAGCCGAAGCCAAAGCUACCAGCGAAGCUGAGUGACAUAGUGUGUGAUAGGGAGGAGUUCCUUCAAAGAUCCCAGAGACUUCCAAUCGCCGGAGUUGCUUCAACUCCAGCUCCUGCUCCAGCUCCAGCACCAGUGCCAGUCAGGCCAGUGAUCACUCGGCCUGUCCGCCCGCUCGGGCAGAUGGCCCUUGGUCCACCGGUCAGCCAUGAGGAGGUAGUGCAUUUAGAGGUGCCACAUGACGUUCGCAUCCUGCAACGAAUGGAGGACAAACGCCGGGAGCUUCAAAGAUGCUUCGGGGUGAAAAUCUUCGACCCGGACGCACGGGAUGAUGUUCGGAUUGUGGGCAGCAGCUUCUCUGCUCGUGUUGAGGCUGGGAGGCAGCUAACAGAGUGCUUGAAGAAUGCGCUGGCACAAAGGACCUCCUCCAGCCGUCCACUCCGUUCAAUUCUCCGGCCCAGCUCAUCCAAUUUCAAUCCGGCACCCCACACCCCACCGGCGGCCUUCCGUGCACCCCGCACCCCACCGGUGGCCUUCCCUGCACCGUGCACCCCUGCGGCGGCUUUCCCUGCUGGCCCCCCAACGUCAGCUUCCAAUGCUUCAGCCCCCCUGCACACCACGAUGAGGCUGGCCUUGCUUCCAUCUGUCCCAGCUUCUGCGACAGUGUGGGAGAGGUUUUUUCUCAAAUGCCGUGAUGUUGAGAGAACUCUGCGGGUGACCAUCCAGAAGCCUGACGCAGAGAACAAUCUCAAAGUGAUUGGUGGCAACGCGCACUCCAGAGACGAAGCUGUGAAAAGACUGAUGCUCGGUGAGGAUCCCCCGAAGAAGAAGGUGCAGGAGGUGCAGGAGGCCUUGGCCACCCAUGGCCUCUUCACCGCUCGAGGUCAUGGCAUCUCGAUGGAGGUGCUGCAGAACGCCAGGGAGGAAUCCUCGCACUUUUUCGACCUGCCGCUGCGAGCAAAGAAGCAGUGCGCGGAGCCUUGUGGCUAUGAGAUCUAUCCACACCACCAGCGCUUCUUGGACCUUUGGACCCAGCACUCUUGCCUCCAGAGCUCCGCCCACCCAGAGCUUUCGGCGGUGGAAGGCGAAGCGAACGCUGCUUCCGGGGACCGCGUCACCGCGUCACGCGUGACGCGGUGCGCGUUGGGGAGAGGGGAGGCCGGCGAGGCGGAGGUCCGUGGGGUGGGCAUUGUGUGCGAGCGCUUCUGCUGUGGGCCACCGGUGGUUUGUGAGCCCAAGCAGUCGCCGUUGAGCUCGGAUUUUUAUGCAUCCGAGCUGGGCCGCGCGGCGGUUGAACAAGGGAAGAAGAUGGAAGAUGCAGCAGGACAGGUCUUCUUUCCGGCUAACAUUUGGCCGCGCGACGCGUGCGCACGCGGCCUGCGGCCCGCUUUGCUGAAAGCCUUCAACGCACUGGAAGGCUUCUCCGAAGCAGUCCUCAUGCUGUUGGCGGCGGCGGUGGGCAUGCGCCCACAGCUGUUCCAACACUUGAUGUUUGAUUCUGGACAGCCUCGACAUGCCAGCAUGCUGCAGGUUUGCAACUAUCCAUCUCUUUUGCCGCGUUCGAUGAGACCCUCUCAGCUGUCCGAGUACCAGCUGCGGGCCAAGGCGCAUCAAGACUUUGGAGCUUUCACGAUCCUGGCCAGGUGCCCCGGCACCGAUUCCGGAGGGCUGAAAUGCGGGCAAAGCGGAGCCUUGGAGGUGCAGCUCCCAGGUGGUGCUUGGAUGUGUGUUCCAGCCCGCCGGGAAGAGCUCACUGUCAUGCCGGGUACCCUCAUGGAGUACCUCACUGCAGGCCCGUGGCUUUUGUCACACCAUGCGGUCCAUGUGGUCGUCCUGACUGGUGACCUUCCGCCGAGUCGUCCACGAAGGACGUUGCCGCGGGGUGAUGCACCGAGUGUCCAACCCACCGCAACGAGUCGCUUCAGCAUCCAGGCGCUUGUCCUUGACCUUCGUCGUCAAGCCGGACUAUACUGCUGCUGCCGUCCCUCCUGACAGCUCGCUCGCGAACGAUCCGGCCACUCCUCGGCUGGGCGAUCUGUGGCGCGUAGGAUGGCAGGAGAAGCAGCGCUUGGAGGGUUCUAUGCCCCAUGGCGAAGCGGUGCAACUCUUCCGCCGUCAUCGACAAGCCUUGCGACAGCAGCUGCUCUUGGAUACCUGAGGAGCACCAUUCACUGUCCAUGCCAACUCGGAGCCGGUCGUGGCCGGAACCGGGUGGAAACGAGCGAGCGAGCCGCGGCGUCUGCCAGUUGGAGGAUCAAGAUGGUGGUGAGUGGUGAUGGGACCAUGAUGGGCCAUGUGGAGAUCGCCAG